CUUCAUACGAAGCUUAUGGACCAUAUGGCAACUAAAUGCGAGUGUUGGGAGUUGGGUACAAAACUCAGAUUCAGACGAUUUGGGACAGUAGAAUCUUUUCAGCUUUCAAAUCCAACGAAAGGGUGUUCCUAUUCCAGCAAUGGCCACAACAAAAUUGGGAGAGCAGAAGGAAGAAAUAUUGGAAGAGUUGAAGAAAGAGAAUUCGAGAAAAAUUAUCCUUGAGGGGGACACUGGAGUGGGUAAAACAUGGAUGGCAAGAGAGAUACAAAAAAUAGCAAUCAGAGAUGGCAUAUGCUAUGCAAGUCUUUGGGUAUCCCUAAAUAUAAAAUAUGAUGACAGGUCAUUUUAUGAGAACAUAGCUUGUCAGUUAGCUGUAUUUUCUGCUACUGAGGAAUGGGAAGAUGAUGACAAUAAUGAGAAGGAUGAGCAGACGCUCGACAGCUUGAAGCAAAGUAUUUUAACAAAGCUUGAAGUACAGAGAUCAGAAAAUCAUCGAAAUAACAAAUGUCUUCUGCUGAUUUUGGAUGAUGAGGGAAAAAAGAUGAAAGAAGACUGGAUUAUGUCAAAACUGCAUCCUGUAAUUCCUGAGAUUGACCGAAAAACAUUGAAAGUCGUAAUUUCUGGAAGGCAAAGCUAUGAUGGCCAAAUUAUUGAUGACACUGCCGCAGUAAUUACUGUUGAACCCAAGGUAAUUAAGGUUGAAUCUUUAUCCGAAGGCGAGUCCUUGACUUUAUUGCAAAGUAGAGUUGACAAAAAAGUUGCUGAAGUAUAUGACACAUUGCCACACAGUGUAGAUUGCUUUUGGCAUAGCAGGCAAUUCUUCUCCAAAUAUGGUGCUGUGCAUUACAAUGAGUUGAUCACUCACUGGCUAAUUGAAGGCUUUUUAGGUCCUUUUAAUCAUGUGGAGGCGGCUUAUGAGGAUGGACACCAAAUUUUGAUGGAGUUUAUAAAUCGUGGCAUUUUAAAAAUUCAAGAGGAUAAUAUUGUUGUCAUGGAAGGAUCAAUGCUGAAUUUGGUUGAUCAACGUAAUCUUGGAUUUGUUGGGACAGCUAGAGUUGGACUUGCUAGUGUGCUUGAGGAUGAUGAGUGGGAAGGUCUUGGGAGAAUCACACAUACUGAUGGAAUGAUAAAAACACUGCAUAGUGGUAAAAAAGGAGAAAAGAUUUACACUUUAAUGAUUGACGGAAGUCGUCUCUCCAGGGAAGUCCCUGAAAUGUUCUUUCAGCACCUGCUUGAACUAAAAGUCCUUGUGUUUUUUGGUCCCAGAUUUAAGCUGCUUCCCUCAUCUUUAUCUAAAAUGGACAAUCUACGUAUUCUUGUUCUCAGGGGCUGUGAUCUACUGGAGGACAUCAGCUACAUCAAAGAACUCAAAACUUUGAGUGCUCUUGAGAUAUCCAAUGCUAGUGCUUUAAAAACAAUCCCAGACAACCUAUUUGAGCAAAUGUCUCACCUUCGAAGUCUUAACCUAUCUGCACUCAGCAUCAAAUCAUUACCCUCUAUUUUGAACUUGAAGGAACUUCGUUGGCUCAUUCUAAGACAGUGUUCUCGCUUGCAAGAUUUGCCAAAACUGCAAGCAUUUACAAAUCUUGAAGUGCUUGAUCUCUGUGGCGCUACCUCUUUCAAAAGGUUCCAGGACAAAAACUUUGCCCCCCUUCAGAAACUUCAGACCCUUGACCUUUCCAAUACUAAAGUUGAACGCCUACCCAUAUUUCAAGAUCGUGAAAAAUUCCCAUCUCUUAAAAACCUCAAGCGGCUAUUAUUAAACUGUUGUGAUCAUUUAACUAGACUGCCCAGUCUGAAACCAUUAUCUGGUCUCCAAAUUCUUGAUCUUUCCGGUUCUGUUAUGUUGAAGGAAAUCAAUGAAGAAUCGUUUGAAGAAAAGGACAACCUUAAAACUCUCAAUCUAUCUGGAACUUCUAUAAUCCAAUUGUCUUUUGACAAUUUGGACAUCUGUGAUCUCAACUUGACAGGUUGUUCUGGCCUGGAAGAACUGCCUUGCACAGAAACACUCAAAGACCUUAAGCGGCUUGAUCUUUCUGAUGCCUCUAGUUUGGUCAGAAUCAAAGACAACUCCUUUGAGCAUCUGAAACUCCUGAGCUAUCUCAACCUCUCAAAUACGAAAGUUACAGCUCUGCCUUCAGUUUCCAACCUCCACAACCUUCGUGAGCUUUUACUAAGGAAUUGUUCAUGCAUUGAGAAACUGCAAAACAUUGAAGGACUUAUAAGGCUUGAGGUUCUUGAUCUUUCAGGUUGCAGAUCUUUGAUAGCAAUAGAAGGUGAACCCUUCAAGCUGAUGUCUAGGCUUCAGACGCUCAACCUUUCUGAAACUAAAAUUAAAUGUCUACCAUCUCUUCAGAAUCCAAGCAACCUCUGUCAUCUUGUAUUGAGAAACUGUACCAACCUCCAAAAGCUUCCACCAUUGGAAUCCUUAUCAAAACUUGAGGUGCUUGAUCUUUCUGGUUCCAGCUCUUUGACUGAAAUCAAAGCUGAAUUCCUUGAACGUUUAACAAGCCUGGAAAUUCUUGAUCUAUCUGAAAUCAAGGUCGAGGGGGUUUUAACCAUGUCCAGUCUUUCCAAUUUAAUCAAUCUCAAUCAACUUUCACUGAAAGGUUGCUCGACCUUAGAAGCAGAACCACGUCUGGAAGUUUUUACGAAACUUGAGGUUCUGGAUCUCUCUAGAACAACUGUUAAGUCUCUUCCAUCUUUGGAAAAACUUAGUGGCCUCUGCAAACUUUUGCUUAAAGAUUGUUCAGAAAUAGAAAAGUUGCCAUCCCUGAAAUCACUCAGCCAUCUGCAGGUUCUUGAUCUAUCUGGAACCAAAAUCAAGGAACUUCCUGAUGGGAUUUCAGAGUUGACUUGUUUAAAUCACCUUGAUAUUCCAGACUUGAAGAUCAUUGAAGAAGUUGGUUGGGAAAAUAUAAAGCGCAUACCGGAGGAACUAAGCUGGGAUCAAUGCAGUAUUUCUGAGCCAGUUGAAAUUAGUUUGGAUGGUAAGAAGAAGCCUUCCAUACUGGUGAAUGGUACCAAAUUUUUCCGAUUUUUGAAGGAAAAUUCCAAGUUAGGGGAGGUUUGUUUGAAGCAGAUGUUUUUCACAGUUUGUCCUAUGAAGCAAGGUGAUGAUCCUAAUAUUUAUCCUCCCAAAGAUGAACUAAUUGACAACAUCUACUUCCAGCUUAGGCAUUUUUCUGGUCCUAAAGAGGAGGUACGGACAAUGGAAAUUCAUGGAUUUGAUGAGUUUCCCACUGGUCUUGAGGACGUUCUCAAGGAUGUAGAAUACAUUUCUUUCGUUGAAAAUACAUUUAUGACUUGUUUGUCAGAUUUUGGAGUUGGCAACUUGAAGAAGAUGAGGGGUUGUUGGCUAGAGAGAUGUUCUAAAUUGAGGAGCAUUCUUUUCAGUGGAACAGAUGUUCUGCUGGGGGAGAAUAUGGAGAUUUUGUGGGUGUCAAGCCUCCCUCAUUUGCAAAGUCUAUGCAGUGAGAAGGUGAACUUGAAUAAUCUUCAGCACUUGAAUAUAGAGUGUUGUCCAAUGCUAGAAAAUGUUUUCGCUUUGCCACCACUGCUGGAGAACCUCAAAAUACUCCAGAUUAAAUUUUGUGAUAAUGUGAAGACUCUAUUCAAGUUUAAUGAGUCGAGUAAGUGUGUUGUUCAGAAAUUGCACACUGUGAGAUUGUUAGAACUGCCUGAGCUGACAAGCAUAGGGGCUGUUUUGCCUUCUCUAGAUAUUUUUGAUCCUAGAGAAUGCCCAAAGCUGGAGGACUCGAAAGAAAGUCUCAAAAUAGGGACCGCAUCUCGUUAAAUUGCAGAAGCUAUCAUAUAACGGCCAUCUCUGCUACUUCUGUAGUUGUGGGAACAUCUGAACCAAGAAGCUUCCCAUAGUGUGAUGGAAGUUACCAGCAGAAGUUAAAUGGUUCCUGGCAUGCUUGAGGUUGGAACUCUAUCUUGAUUUGUCACGGUACUCAUUGUCCUUGCUGAUGACUUACACAGAGAGAGAGAGAGAGAGAGAGAGAGAAUGUUUCUAGUUAUUCCUGUAUCAAUGCAUUAUUAAAUAGUGUAAUGUGGAUAUUCAGUUCUCAAGCCUUUAGUUAUAUUUAGGAAUGUCAAUUGGUUAGAUUUUUACGGGUAUUUGAUCCAAUCGAAUCAUAAUAAGACAGAUUUGGGUAGUAU